AUGCAGCGGCUCUCGUCGCAUGUCUCGCAGUGUGUGUGGCGGGCAGUGAUGCCAUGCGGCCGGUGCAUCUAUUCACUGCCGCUCGCGUUGCCCUCGCGCUGUUAUUAUCCGGCGAUUCCACUGCGUUCACCCAAAGCAGCGGAGGCGCCCGCGUAUCAGUGCGGGGAGUGCGGGAAGACGUUUCGUCUGCUAAACGCACUUAAUCAUCACAUCAUGACAAAGCACGCCGGCCACGCCAAGGCGAUGGUGAACAGAGGGGGGAAGUUGGAGGAAGUGAAACCUGAAGAAGCAAAGGCCAAAGCUUCACCGACGACUGACACCCCACCAGCAGGAGCAGCAGCUUCUCACACCCCCACAGGUUUUCCUGGCAUGACGUACUCGCCGUUGGGGGGUGCUGCGCCAUUUGGAACUCCAGUUGGAGCGACCACAGUGACACCGAGUCAGGCACAAUCUUCGACAACAAUACCGGCAGGGACGAAUACCAUGUCGGGAAACACCGUGACAGACGAGGAUGCUGACAAGAAGCUUUUUGUUUGCACCAUCUGCCAAAAAACAUUCCGUUUGGAGGCGGCAUUGCAGCAUCACUAUCAGGCCAAGCAUAACAUGGAGAUGCCGACCGUCUCCGCAAGUGGGAGUAGUCGACCUGCGGUUCCAAGCAGUACUGUCGCCGGCGUGGCAGGCGCAGCCGUUGGUGCUGCCUCCGAUGAUGCGGCGAAAACCACUUCGGGUGUGCAGUACGUCCAUGGCCAGGACUCUGUUCUUCCUCAGGCCCCACAGUACCACCUUGACGUUGCCCCCAACGCCCCGGAAGAGGGCGACGUUGCGGCCCAUUGGCGAUGUGUCAACCACUGUGUUGUACUGGGCAUGGUACAGAACAUUCAGGAGGGAUACGUGUUUGAGGACAAGGUCGUUCAGUUCACGUUGAUUACUGACUUUGAGGGGCCCUCUCCUGGCGACCCUGACAAGGACUUUCAUACCGUACGUGUCUUUGACGGCAGCUACAGCGAACAGGUGAAGCAGGAACUGCGGGAAGGGGAGCGUUUCCUCGUGACGGGUCGGCUGCGUAUGGUACCGCAGUACGACAGUGCCAUGAAGAAGUAUUACCACUACCCGGUCAUUCAAGUUCACCCAGGCUCCGGCUCUGUACUGAAGGUCUGA